AAGUGCAUGGGCGCACACAUAAGGCGUUGUAGUUUUGUUGUCGUUCCUCGCCGUUUUGUGUGAUUUUAUGUGCAGCAACGGCAUUAUUGGGAUAAGCACGUGUUUAUCGCCUAGCUAUAUGGAUAAGAUCUUGCAACGGACGCAGCUGUGAUAACUUCAGUUGAGACUGAUGCCGAAAUAACUGAAAAGGUUGUCAGCAUCCUCCGUGAGCGCCGUUAGCUGAAUCUGACCGCUGAACAUGGCCAGUGACGGUGCCAAGUCCAAUUGCCGCAAGUUUGCGCCGAACAUGUUCAACAAGAACAAGUGUCAGGCCUGCUUUAAGAAUAAGGGCAGCCAUUCGGCAGAGGCAUUGGAGAACAGCAAGGCGGCAAGGAAAGUCUCAAAGUGUGGCUAUUUGUUCGUUGCUCCACAAAACCUGGACUUCGGCAACCCGCUGGACAGAACUAGGAGGUGGCAGCGGCGCUGGUUCGUGCUCUACGACGAUGGAGAACUCACCUAUUCGCUCGAUGAACAUCCUGACACCAUUCCCCAAGGUGUUAUUGACAUGAACAAGUGUACGGAUGUGCUGAGAUCCGAAGGCACCACUGGUCACGAAUACUCCAUCACAGUGACCGCUUCUGGCAAGAGCGAGUAUCUCAAGGGCACUAGCCGCGAGGAAAUCAACUGGUGGUAUGAUGUCCUGGUGAUGUUCCCACGCAGUCUGAAGACGAGGCCAAAACGCGUCACUUACCCCACCAGCAAGCAGUCAAUACCCACCCCUGACGAAAUCAAACGCCAGCAGGAGGAGAUGGCAGUAGCAGCUGCAGCGAUGGACAAGCUGCGGCAGAACCGAGAGAGCCCCAGUCGGCAGCGACAUCAGUCUUCCCCAUCACCAAGCGGCAGCCUCCUCGCCCUCAACAUUGAGCCGGCAAAGAAGAGGUCGGCGCACACCGACAACGACUACAGCGCCUCCACCUACGAGCGCCACAACUCGUGGGACAACAACUCCAGCCAAUCGCACGAGAGCAGCGAGCGCGACGACGUCGACGACCGCAGCUCGGAGGAACGCGACGAGACGCGCGGCGACGUGGCGCCAUCUGGCCGCGGCGGCGGCGGCGACUCCGAUGCGCCGCGCCUCACCCCGCGCAUGGUCAAGAAUCAGAGUCGGCGCAAGAAGUCGGACAGCAUGCGCCGCAGCCGCAGCAACGUCGACGUCGGCUCGCCGGACGCCGACGACGCGGCGCCGGUGUGUCUGCGACGCAGCAGCUCCAACGAAGACCUCACCGACGUCGGCGACGGAAAGAACAACAACAACAAGGCGAAGUACGUCGCGAAGUCUCCGCGGCAGAUCGGCAGCCGCAUCAACGACGCGAUACUGAGCGAGCUCGAGCAGGAGAGCGCGCAGUACCAGCGGCGCAUCAUGAACACGAACGGGCUCAUCUCUCGGCAGGUGUCGUCGCCGCCGAAGAUGAUGAGCGCCGCUCCGUCGCCGCCGGCGCCGCCCCCGACGCUCGCCCCAUCCGACCGAUCGCGCCCGGUGAGUUUCGACACGUACUUGCAGCGGCGUGACGGAGGCUGGACGUCGGAGGUGCGGGCUGAUAAGCGGGCGUCGGACCCGAGAUCCGAUCGUAAGGUGUCGGAAGUCGUGCCCGAUAAUCGCACGACGGAGAGCCGGUCGGACAAUCGGAGCACGUCGCUCAACAAGAGCAAGAUCCGAGAGAACAUCGAGAACGAGAAGAACAAGACGAACAUCAGCGUCAUGAAGGAGAAGUCGUUGAAGGAGGAGGUGAAGAAGGAGAGCAGCCCAAAGCGCGAGAGCAGGGGGGAGGCUGGCUACAAGACAAAUGCAAAGAAGGGCUUCCCAACUCAGCCGCAGAAACCUAGGGUUCGCUCACGCAGCGUAUCACCGCAGAGAAGGAAAGAGAAGGAGAAUGGCGACAGCGUGACACACUCGCCACCACCGAACAGCGGUGAGCUAUCCGAGAGCAAGGAGUCGGAGGAAGCGAACGCCGAGAUGGAACGAAUCAAGGAUCCAGCUUACAUCAAGAAGGGUUGGCUGUUAAAGGAAGAUUCCCCAGACAAGGCCUGGAACAGACACUGGUUUGUGCUAAAGGGGCCAACAUUGAGCUUCUACAAGGACCAGCAGGCUGAGGAACGUAACGACACAGAUGACGUGAUCAACUUGUGUGCUGUUGACCGGGUCAGCAAGCUGGACGUUCCAAAAAACUUUGGCUUUCAGAUACAGACAAAGGAGUCGAAACACAUCUUGUCCGCGCUCACGGAAGGUAUCCGCAACAACUGGAUGCAAGCUCUAGCUGGCAGCAUCGAAGCACAGCAGCUGAUACGCCAACUGGAGGCGAGCGCCAUCAGCGGAAAGCAGAAGCCAGGUCGAAGGUCAGACGCGAAAGCAAUCGAGUGCAUGGUGGAGCAAUCGCCGGAGCGGAAUGUGCCACGGGUCAGCGAGAGACGAUCGAAACACAAGAGCAGUGCCGCGAAAAAGGAUCCGCCCGCCGACUCGCCGGAUAAGGACAUAAAUAAGAACGAGUUGAAGUCGUCGGCGGAGUCGGCCGACAUUGAACUGCCCGCGAAGCGAAAAAUUGCCAACAUAUCUAAAGACGUGCCAAGCGAAGUGUCGUCAGAGAGCGCGAAAGCGAGCGCGGAGCCGCCGGCGCCCUCUACAAUGAGCCCGCAGUGGAAGCCGUCCUCCGCGCUCACGCAGCCGCCACCUCAGGAGAAUCAGUGCAAUCAGCCGGCGAGCGUCGUCGACGCAGAGACGCGCACGGCGCCCCCUGGCUGCAUCGCCGUGCAUCCGGCGGAUGCGCCGACGGAGACGGUUAGUUUGUCGAUGCCGGCGCGAGCGGUCGACCUGGACAUCAGCUCAGACUCUGACCGCGACACGCCGCGCCGCUUCAGCGUCGAUCGGCCGGACUCCAACCUUGACCGCGUCGACGGCGUCGCGAAGCACGCCGAGCACAGGUCGCCGACCUCGCAAGCUCGCUCAAGGUCACGCUCAAGGUCAAAGUCGCCGAAGCCGGGCGAUCGCAGGGCCAGGCAGCCGUCGAAGGAGGAAGAAAGCGCAGCGUCUGUUCAAGAGGCUGCACCAAUGAAACCUAGCAGCUUGAAGCAUAAACAUGGCUCUGACUCCAAGACGGCUUUGACCUCUCCUCCUGAUCAUGACACAAUCAGCAGUACGGUCGAUACUCAGCUACUGCAGGCAGAGGUGGAGUCGUUACAGCAGCGGCUAGAGCAGAUGCAGCGGGAGUUGCUGCAUAGUCAUCAGGAGAAUGUUGAGCUGAAAACAGCCCUUGCAGCCCAAGGGUCCAGCAGUGAGUCAGCUCCCAACCAGUCUGACCUGGAGAAGCAGGUGCAACACAGUGAUUCGGAGGCUGAUGAAGACACAUACAGGUCGUUGACGCAACAAGUGCGGGAGCUGGAACUCUACAUCAUCGAUCUGAAGAAAGCGCACGUGCGUGAGUUGGCAGAGGAGAGGUGCGACAAUGACCGCAGGCUUACGGAGCUGGAGACCCCUCCUGUCAGUGAUGAGGCCAUUAAGCACAGAUUCCAGGCACAGACAGAGCAGCUAAAGGAGAUGUGUGAGCGCGGAUCGCUGGCACUGCAGAUGUCCCACCGACAGAUCAUCAUUGAGCUUCGCGACAGACACCGCAAAGACAUGGAGGAGCGGAAGAUGGAGCAGGAGAACCUUCUGGCGGAAGAGACGGCUGCGACAAGAGCGGCACUCGAUAUCAUCAAAAAAGACCACCAGAUGGAGCUGGAGAAAGAGGUGGAGAAAAUCAGAACGGAAUACGAGAAUGACCUCAAAGCAGUUGCGAGCAAAGAGCAAGAUGAGAAGCUAGAGAUGCUCAAGCAUGAGGUCAGUGUGUUGUCCGAGCAAUACUCCCUAAAUCUGCUGGAAAAUGCCACUCAGGCCGAAGCUUUGGAGAAGCAGAAGAAGCUGCUUCGAGGUUGCACGCAGGACAUCGUGGAACUUCGUGCAAAAAACAAAGAGCUGCUUGCCAGGUUAGGUGCAGAGGCAUCCAGCACACGUAACGAUGAUAGCAUUAGCCAGAAGGAGGCAAAAGAUGAAGAAUUGUACAGCCUGAAGGUGAAGUUGCGUGUUAAGGAGGCGGAGCUUGCCGAUAUGCGAGAUGAGAUGACGAAGCUCAAAGAGAAAAUUAGUGAAGAUCAGAAGAACACAGAGAAGAUCAUGAAGCAGUACAGCAAGUUGAAAGGAGAGCUGGGGCUGGGAAGAGCAGAGAGGUUGGAACAGUCGGAUUCCCUUCAUAAAAGCACACAGGAGCUGGAUCGCUAUCGUACCCAUCAGUCUCGCAGCCGGGAGCGAAGGCGAAUCGAUAGCGAUGAUGACCGUGACAACAUCCCAACCAAUGAGAAGGGCACCCCAGCCUUUUCUGAGCCUAAAUCAAAGCCUCAGGUGACCUUACGAAAAAAGUUGUCUAGGCGGUCUCAGAGCAGCCCCGGUUACUACAGAUACACGGUGGAUCUCGGGCCAGAUGGCUGGUUCAGUCUGCAGACACCAGCCGGAAUCGUGCAAGACAGGCGACGCUACUUUGAAGAGCCACGAUGAUCACCGACCAGUACACACAUAAACAGGAAGAAGUCAUAGGCUCAGCAUGUUACGUACAGAACUAAGGCCCGUUGUUAGACACAUCACGAACGGAUGAGAUAAAGUGCCCUAACUUCUUCACAACACUUAAUUUGAAAAGUCAUGUCAUUAUAGACUUAUAUCAUAGACAUUAAUGAUGUUUCUGACAACAGGCCUCUAAAUAACUUCAGUUUGCAUGCUGGUGGCACCAUGUAGGAUACUUGUGUGUUACUAAUGUAAGGGGUUUACAUGAAAUAUGUCCUUCCCUUUAAUAUGCUUUCUUAUAUUGAUUUACAGUUUAUAAACAGUGGAUUAUUGCAAUACUUGCAAUUACUCUAAAAUGAAUUUGAUAACAACUUCAUUUACAAACAUUUCUCUAUGUAUAACCAUGAUAGAUCAUGCCACUCAGGACGUUUGGCCAGAUAUCAGCAAAGACACAAUCGUGAAAGAAAACAUUAUUUUAGAAUUUGAGGAUAUAUUAUACUUAUAGCAUAAAAAAUAGUAUACACCUGCCAUAUUUCUGUCAUCAGACAUUUACUUUUAUAUUAGACAGUGAAGAUGUUCAAAUCAGUCGCCACCAUGCGACUCUUGCUGCCUCCCUGAUAAAGUUGAACUUUUGCAUUUUUAUUUUGCUAGUUUCAGACCUGGAGCUAAUUACCAAAGUGUAAUGAUACCUAAACCUAGCGUAUUUGUUUGUACGACUUUCUGUUUCUCGAAUAAAUACUUGCAUGGUCAUACUGAAACUACUAGAGGAUACAAGAUAUUGCAAUUCUUCUUAUAUUCAUGAAUGAGAAAUACAGUUGGUAUGUUACGUACAGUUAUUGAAAACUGAAUCUGUACAACUUUGCCAAAGCAGUACAAGUAGUGGUGCCACCAAAGUUAAAAACAAAUGAUCCAGUUUUAAAACAUUUUUGGAAAUGUUUUUUUGUCAAUGCUGAACCACACAAUUUUUAUUUAGCUUAAUAUACACCUAUUUUAACUGAAGGUAUCCGUUAAACCUUCAAGUAAUGUUACCCGUUAAUAUGCAAGUGUUUGUCGCGGGUUACUGAAACCUUAUUGGUGUCACGUACUUGAAAUCGCUUCUUGAAUGAACUUGAAAAAAAAAAUUAUUUAUACGCGUGGGCAUUAUUGUGGCAAAUCAGAUCGAGUGUAAGGGAGUUUAGUCCAUGCUUGUACAAUCAUGAUACAGUCGAUCGACUCGAUUCUGUGCAUUUCCUGUCAAAGUGAGAUCAUUUCAGGUCUCCAUAUCAACAGGCUGGAUGCAGAUCUGUCUCUUGUCCUAGUGCCUAAUGCCGUUAUACAGGCAAGCUGUUUUACUGCUGUUACUUCAAAAUAAAUGUUAAUCAUUAAUUAUAUUUAUAAUAUAGUAGUGCAUCGAUAUUUCGCAUAAUAUACAGUUAUGUAAAAUACAUGUUAUUCAUGUUAUUGUGGCAAAAUUGGCGAAGGUGUUGUAAUAUUAACUAUUGGUAUUUUUGUAAUAUUCAAUUAAUACUAUAUAUGCAUUUGAAAGGGGUUAUUAUGUAUUCAUUGUAUACAUGUUAUUGUUUGUAGUUAUUAAGUGUACAGUCAGCUUUAACUGAACAAUAUCCCUGCUUGCUUCUGAAAGAAAUAUAUCAAAGCAAGGUUUAGAUACAUUCUAGAAUAUUAUCAGCAGUGGUACUGAAUGUACCCUGAUUGCGCAAUGUUUUGAGAGGUAGUGUGGAAUAUAGUAUCAUGUGCAGCCUCCUACUGUGGCAAUGCUCAAUCCAAGUAGUUCCAGUCCUCUAGCAAGCAGGCACCAGUGUCACUUUUAGUAGUGUAAAGCUUCAGUGUGCAACUGGUUUAUUGUCGACCAGUGUCUGUAUAACUAAACCUAUUUUAGUUUUUUUUUACUCUUCUGUAUAGAAUACAGUCGUGUACAUUCAUGGAGCAAUAGACUGGUUUGUUAUUUAUCAUUUGGCAUUUUACUCUUGUUGUUAUUUUUCUCACUGAAGUGACUAUGAAAAUUGUAAAAUUACUUCAUAGGAACAUGGUCCUAAUAAAACGAUCAAACUUCUC